AUGAUGAUCCUCCUGUUGGAGCAAUACAUGGAUGAAAACUUCGUCAGGCAGGCCUUCCUUGCUAUGGGAGAGUCGCCGUCUGGAGUCAGAAUAAUCGCUCACAAGAUAACGGGCGGUUCUGCCGGAUACUGCUUUGUGGAGCUGGCAGAUGAAGCAAGUGUUGAUAGCUGCAUCCAAAAACUCAAUGGAAAAGUCAUUCCUGGAUCAAACCCGCCUAGGAAUUUUAAACUCAAUUUUGCCUCCCAUAACAAGCGCUCAGACGCAGGGCUUGAGUUCUCAGUGUUUGUGGGUGACUUACCCUCUGACGCAAAUGACUACCAGCUCCACCAAAUCUUUAAGAAGUAUUCCUCCUGCAAGGGAGCCAAAGUGGUCACUGACCAGUAUGGCUACUCCAGAGGUUACGGCUUUGUCAAUUUUGGUGAGGAAAGUGAGCAGAAGAAGGCAAUCGAGGAGUGCCAGGGCACAGUUCUUGGGGGGAAGGCACUCACUCUCAGCGUUGCUUUGGCAAAAAGCCAGAAGACACUAGACACCAGAAACCUGACUCACAAUUACCAGAGCAAUUACAUCCAACCUCCAUACAGUGGUAUGGGGCAAGGUUACUACUCUCAGUGGGGCGGUUAUGGUCAGUACAGCGGCUACAACAAUGGCGGUUACAACGGGGGAUACAACUACAACUACUACGGAUACCCUCCACACAGCCACAUGAUGCCGCCGCCUCCUCCUCUGGGGAUGCCACCCACAUCUGCUGACAUGACGGGGGGUGUAGAGGUGAGCCAUGAAGACACAGGAGAUGGAGAUGGAGAGGGGGAGGAUGCAGAAGGUGUGUGA